AAAUUAAUUAUUUCAUAAAAUUUUAGUUUCUUUUAGUGAAACUCUUGCAUCAAUCAUGUGUUGCGGAUACGGACCUACAGUGUGCUACCCCUGCUGUAGCCCCUGCUUCAGUGGACGAUGCUUUGCCCCACGCUGCGGGUUUUACAGUGGACCAUGUGGACCCUGCUGCGGAGGUGGCUGCUGUAGUAGCUGUGGACCAUCUUGCUAGGAUGACCAUCAACCUUUUCUAGGAGAACUCUCCGCGAGGAUAACGCUCUAAAACCCAUUCCUUGCGCAACGUAUUUUCCAGCUUAUACGUCGGUACACAGGAAUAUGUGAAUCCAAAAAUCAGGCUUAAUAAAGGAUAUGUAAAAUGACUCUA